AUGAUGCACUAUAGAAAAGGUGAAAAUAUCGAAAAACCUCUGACCAAAGAUGAUCUACCAUUUGAGGAUUUUUUACCCAAAGGCACGGAUUUUCUGUGGAUGCAUGUUAACGGUGGCACCAAGGUCAACAAUGUGGUGAACUAUGCCAAAAAUGCCCUGGACAAGGGAGAACAUAAGAAUAUUGUAUGGAGUGGCCAUGGUGGUGGGGUGGUGAAAACUAUAUCCUGUGCUGAAAUUAUUAAACGUUCAUAUCCAUUGUAUCAAGUUACGCGGAUGUGUUAUACAAGUGUCGAAGAACAUUGGAAACCCCAAAUGGAGGGCCUGGAAGAAAUUGUGGCCCACCGGCAAAUACCCUCACUGCAUAUAUUUAUGAGUCUGGAACCAAUCGAUGGCAGUGUUAGCGGGCUACAAAAACCCAAUAGUAAAACAGAUUUUUGGAUCUACGAUGCAAAUUCCCAUAAUCAGCAAUCAAAUGGUGGUGCUGGUAAUUCCCAUAACAAUAAUAGUCGUGGUAAUCAAAGGCCUCGUAAAGGUAAUCAGGAUAAUCAAAGAAGGCCGCAGAAACCACGGCAGCAAAACAACAACAAUAAUAAUAACAAUGAAGGGGCGGCCAAUAAGCCAGAUGAGCCAGCUAGCAGCGCCAGCAGCGGUCAACAGAAUAAAUCGAAUACAUUUUACAGCAUUUUGUAG